UUUUUUCUUGGUUUCUUGUAAUUCAAUGUUUCUUUUAAUUUGAUUGUUGGACUUGAUUUUUUUCUUUGUAUUUUAGAUUAAUUGUUUUUGUUUAAUUGUUAAUCGAGAGUUUAACUCUUCUAUUUUACAUUAAUGUCAUUUGAAUCGGUUGAUGAGCAGAGUGGAAGACUGAUUGAAGAUGAUUAUUACACUUUACUCAAUCUUGAUCGCACUGCAACUGUGGACGAAAUUAGAGAUUCAUACAAGAAAUUUAGUAAAAUCUAUCACCCCGAUAAACACACUGAUCCUCUUCUCAAGAAACAAGCUGAAGUUUUAUUUACCAAGACCAAAAAAGCCUAUGAAGUGCUAAUUGACCCUCACAAGAGAGCUAUUUAUGAUACCCUUGGUGUUAAAGGUUUGGAAACUGAGGGAUGGGAGAUUGUCCAGCGAACCAAAACACCAAAUGAAAUUCGUGAAGAAUAUGAAAGACUGGAAAGAGAGAGACAAGAACGUCGUUUACAACAACGAGCAAAUCCAAGAGGAAAUAUCACCAUAGGAAUUAAUGCCACCGAUUUAUUUGAAACUUAUGAUUUCGAUGAUGGUGAAGAUUAUGAUGAUGAUGAUGAAGGCUUCUUUUCACUGGCUAAUCUUGAAAUUAGCUCAAUGGAAAUUGAUCAAUCUUUAGAUGCACCAUUAACAACCAAAGAUACACUUUCGUUAACUGGUAAUCUACAAAAUAAAAACGGCAUCGGUGGUGGUGCCUUUGCCACAAGCCUGCGACAUGUUUCAUCACCGACAUCUUGGUAUGAAUAUCAAUUUACCGCUGGUCAAGGUCCACUUUUUGGUCUUAAAUGGUUUCGCUAUUUAACUAAACGAUCAUUUUGUACCAUCAAUGGUCUAUGUCACUAUAAUUCAGGGGAAUUGACUCCCGGAAUCGAAGUUGUUUUGUAUCGUCAUCUUGACAAGAAUCUCGAAGGAUUUUUAACUUGGAAAUUUGGAUUAGAAAGUUGUGUCAAUACAACAAUCGCUUGGAAGAACCCAAAUCAUUCAGUUAUCAGUCGAAUUCAGUUUGGUAUUCCAAAUACAUUCAUCUCUAUGAGCUAUACCCGUAACUUGUCAUUCAAUGAUACCAAAAUUAAAUGUGGAAUCAAAGGUGGUUUCUUUGGUGCGAUCGUUGAAUAUGGCUGGGAAACUCGGAUAUCACAACAUUCAGUGGCUGGAACCACUCUAUCUAUUGGUACAAAAUCCGGUGUAUCAUGUAAAUUAAGAUUGAAACGAGCAAAUCAAAGUUAUACUUUUUCCAUUCUUCUCUCGGAAAGUAUUAUACCUUCACCCAUUUUCUAUGGAACUCUAGUUCCAAUAGCUGCCUAUUUAUGUGCCAAAUCUUUUGUGAUAGAUCCUUAUAACGAAGCGGAAAAGGAAAAGGAACUACGAAAAUCGAGGAAUGAAAAUUCAGCUGAAAUGAUUGUCAAAAGAAAAGAAGCUGAAACUGCUAUCGAUCUUAUGUCCGAAACUUAUCAUAGAAAUUGUUCUAAUGAACGAUCAAAAUCUGGUCUAUUAAUCGAAAGAGCAAUUUAUGGUUCCAAGAAAAGUAUCACUCUUAUUCUUGAGAAUGACCAUUCAAUGGACUCAACAUCCACCUCUUCAUUUUCAUUAUCCCAAUUAACGGAUAUUCAUGAUGUCCGAAUACCUUUACAGUGCCUUGUUCAAAAUAGUAGUCUAACAUUACCUAGUUCAUCAAAGUUCAAUUUACCAGGAUUCUAUGAUCCAUGUUUUGGUGAAGACAAGGGAUUGUUGAUACAAUAUAAAUUUAGAAAUGAUAAUUAUCAAAUUGUUAUCAACGAUGACGAUAAAUUGAAAAUUCCAUCUCAAAAUCACAUUGUUAAUCCUGGUUUUUAGAUUUAUUUACUUAAUCAUGAUGAUAAUGAUAGUAAUUAACUUUAAAUUGUAAAUUGGAUCAACUUGAUCAAUCCAUCCAAAUGAAGUCAACAAUUUCUAUCACAAUUUGAUCUUUAUCAUGAUGAUAAUGAUAAUUGUUUAGAAUUGAUUAUUAUUAUGAAGGACAAAGAAAAGGAAACAAAAUAGUAAACAAUCAACUGAACAAUGAUCACUUUUGAUUAAAUUAACUUUUCUUUUCCAAUACAAUCAACUGAACAAUGCAUCAGAUUUAGUGUCAUCAUCAUCAUUACAAUUAAACAUUACCAUUUACAAAUGGAUUUAGGAGGAGGAAACGUAAAGAAGGAGCAAUUAACAGGUUAUUACAAUUAAAGUGACUUAUUUUUUGUGUUUGUGAAGAGAUUACAAAGAGAUUAGUUAAUAUAAGAUUAAAAUGAGCAAAAAAAAUCAAUAAUAAUAGAUUGAUAAUCAUACAUGUACAUUGUAAAAUUUUUUUAGACAAUUAAAAUUAGACGAUAGAUUGUUGUAUAAGAAAAACUUAUUAAAUUAAUUGUUACACUCGUUUUACCUUAGAUUAGAUCUCAUUAAUAACACUUAGAAAAAGAGAGAGAGA